AAAGAGACAACCUCGGGGUAUACUACUAGGUUAGUAAACAACCUUGAAAAUCAUGAUUUAUGAUUUCCCCCAGUCGCAUGGAAAGUCCCGCAGGUUCAAGUUGAAUACUAUAUAGUAUUUAUAUAUACCUACGCUUCAUGACCAUUGAAAUCCAUAUACAGUCCUUUACACCUGAGCCUAGUUUGUAUAUAUAUUUUUCUUCACAGCUCUAUACCCAAGACUAUACUUAUCUAGUAUUUAUCUAGUAUCUGCCUAGUGCCUAUUACUUACCUACCCGCCUACCUAACCUAAGCACCUAGCCAUCUACAACUCUAUCACCAUGGCGGCGGCUUCAUCACCCCCAUCCAUCCCCAUCCCCACCCAAAUGAAAGCCAUCCAAGUGGUAGCCUUCAACGAGCCCUACCAAAUAAACACCAUCCCCGUCCCCACCAUCGGCCCCCACGACCUCCUCGUCAAAGUCGCCGUCGCCGGCUACUGCCACACCGACGCCAUGGUCGCCGCCGGCAUCUUCCCCAACCUUCCUCCCAUGACCGCCUCGCACGAAGGCGCCGGCACGGUCGCCGCCGUCGGCGCCCAGGUCACCGACUUCCGCCCCGGCGACCGCGUCAUGUGCGGCAUCCAGCUCGGCCCCUGCAACGCCUGCGCCGACUGCGCCGGCAGCGCGCACCCCCAGUACUGCGACCGCUUCGCCGGCCACGUCGGCAUCAUCGGCGCCCACGGCUGCUUCGCCGACUUCGUCCGCGUCGACUCGCGCUCCUCCACCAAGCUGCCCCCGCAAGUCGGCUUUCUCGCAGCGGCACCGCUCGCGUGCGCGGGCCGCACGGUCUGGCGCGCUAUCCUGCAGGCGGGGGUCGUCGCCGGCGAGUGGCUUGUUAUCUUUGGCUCUGGAGGCGGGCUGGGGCAUCUGGGGAUACAGUUCGCGCGCGCGAAGGGGAUCAAGAUCGUGGGCGUCGAUGCGCGCGACGCGGGGCUCGCGGUGUCGCGGGAGAGCGGCGCGGACGUCGUCGUCGACGCGCGGCUAGGGAAGGAGGCGGUGGUCGCGGCCGUGCAGGAGGCGACGGGCGGCCUCGGCGCGCACGCGGCGGUGGUGGUGUCUGACGCGCCGGACGCGGCGGGGUGGGCGGCGGCGGCGACGCGGAUGCACGGGACGCUGGUGCAGAUCGCGCAGCCGCAGACGGUCGUGAUCCCGUUCCGCGAGCUGAUCUUCAGGGACAUCAGGGUCAGGGGCAGCCUGGGGUGCUCGCCGGCGGAGAGCGCGGAGAUGGUGCGGUUCAUUGCGGAACAUAAUGGUGGUGGUGGAAAGGGGGGUGCUAUUAGGGUUGAGACGGUGAGGUUUGAGGGGUUGGAGAGGAUUGGCGAGUUGAUGGAGCUGGUGGAGAGUGGGGGGUUGAGGGGAAAGGCGGUUGUUGUGGUGGAUCCGGUGCAGGUUGAGGCGGAUGGGGGGAGGUGAGGGGGGAGGGUGAAAGAGGGGGGAACCUCUCGUCACCCAGUGUGGGAUCGGUUGAAGGAUACAAUGCGGUUUAGAUUUGUGUAUUGAGUCUAGAUAUUAGCGGUGGUGAUGGUUGUUUUGCGGGUUUCUCUGGACGACUUCUGAGAAGGUGGGUUAGGUUUUGAAGCCUUAGGAUCGGAA